GGGGGUGGCUGUUUCUUGUCAACACAAUGGCAUCAUUGACCUACUGACCGCUCUCUCUUCCAGUCAUUACAACGAACCCCAGAGGUCUGCCAUGCGGGAUAUGCACGAUGACAGUGAUGUGGAGUUACUGCUUGUUCUCAUCUCUUCUUUUGGCUCUGAUGAUUCACACCGUGCAUUCGGGUCCAGAUUUCUCUCUCUAUCUUCAGAACAUCCUGAAGAACCACACGGCUCACGCUUGUGAAGGAGACACGCUCGCCAUCAAGUGUCCCUCCAGGACGUCUGUGGCCGUCCUCUCAGCUUUCUACGGGCGGCGUGUCCCUAAUCAGCAUCUAUGUCCCUCUGCAGACAAAAACACAACUGUGGAGGAGGAUAAUGAAUGCACUUCCCCAGUUGCUACCGAGAAAGUGCUGUCAGAAUGUCAGGAUCGUCGGUCCUGUCACAUCCCUGUCUUCAGCCCAGUGUUUGGUCAGGACCCCUGUCCUCUCACCAGCAAGUACCUUCUAGUCGCCUACAAGUGCAGACCAGAGCACCACCACACGAGGCUGGUGUGUGAAAACGAGCGACUGAGGCUGACGUGCAAGAACGAGACUGUCCUCGCCAUCUACUCGGCCACGUUUGGACACCUGCUGCACGGCAGUCCUUACUGUCCUCAGCAAACUGGAUCACACGUGGACAUGGAGUGUUUGUCCCCUUCGGCUCUGAGGAAGGUGUCACGCAGGUGUCAUGGCAGAGCGAACUGCUCAGUCGUGGCCGACACUCAAGCCUUCGGGGACCCCUGCUUCCCCGGCACCAGGAAACACCUGCGAGUGUCCUUCACUUGUGUUCCCCGGUAUCUUCUGGAAGAUGUGGGUCGAGGAUCAACGGAUCCUUUCAUGAUCUCAGACUACACACAUGGUGGAUGGUACACUGGCCCCACCUACAGGCCUCAAAACGUGCUCUUAACCAACUCUCUGGAGAUCUUUGAAAAAAUAUUGGAUUUCCCAGAGCGAGUGGCUCUCUACUUUGUCUCUGGCAUCUGUGCUGGUCUGGUGUUCCUGCUCUGCCUGUUCGGCAUACGCUCAACACUAGUGAGGGACGUUAAAGAGCUGGUUUCUGAGCUGAAGGAAGAGCUGAAAGCUUCUCGCAGAAAUCGCAAGGAGCUCAUGGAGGACCUCUUCGACGACGACAUCUCAGACACGUCGUCCUUCCGUCACCUCACACAGUCCUACCGCACCACGGAGAUCCUCAGUCCUAACACUCUGGCAGUAGAGAUGGUGGAUCGGGAGGUGGAGCAGACGAGGGAUCUGCCCAACGGAGACAUCUGGCCACAUCGAGACUCCAGCCCUUACGCCAUUCAUAAGAUCAAAACCUUAAAUUAAACAACUGAGAGAAGUUACAUGUAUGAGUGAAACUACUGCUAAAGCAUCCUUAAAGGUCCCAUAUUGUAAAAAGUGCGAUUUUCAUGUCUUUUAUAUUAUAAAGCAGGUUUAAGUACUAUAUAAAUACUGUGAAAGUAUCAAACUACUCAAU